GACUGGAGACCCAGGCGAAUAGAGAAAUAGGCUACCUGUUCAUGGAAAUCAAACGGUGAUCUCUUAUUGUUUGAGAGCCGGACGAGAUGUAGGAUAACGGUUGGCUUUGUCUGUAAACUGGAGCAAUGACUACCACCACCACAAUACCUGCGAAGGGUCAAGGAUUGGACAGGUGUGUUACCUGUGGAGCGCGUGGAGGGGCUAGCAGAUGUGCAGCCUCGAGUUUAGACUGAUCGGUCACCCACACCUCUUUGCCUGUGUGUUAGCGCCACAUGGAUGCUAUACCUGGUUGGAACACAAAGCACAUGGUAAGCAUGCCGGCCUCUCCGAGCCACCACCUUGCCUGUGUCCUCACCUCGGCUUCCCCCUGAGACCCAGGCACCACCUGAAACUGUUAUUCGGUCGGCCCAUUCUAACCGGAGCACCAUGGUGAGAUGACCAACCGCUCAAUAAUCUGCCAGACCUCAUUCUAUGCGUCUUUGUUGGACACACAAGAUUGGUCUGCCUGCGCUCGGGGUUUCCUUUGUAACAAAGGGUUUACGCAGAGCGGUGUGGACAGGGCAGCAGAGCGCCCGGAGUUUGGCUGUGGGGUUUGGCACCUCUUUGUUGUAUAGAUGGCAGCGGGACCAGAGCGGCCGGUGGCGGAGGCGCAGCCACAGGACCGGGAACAACCGCCACCGGAGAACGGCUUCAUGCCGCUGGAGCAGACACAGGCACCUAGGCUCCUGCCGCACGUCGACGGCUCGGUACUACCGUCUCUCGGGGGAUUUGGGAAACACCAAAAACAGCUCGUUGUUCUGACGUGGAUACCGGCUUUAUUUAUCGGAUUUAGCCAGUUUUCGGAUUAUUUCCUUUUGGCGCAACCAAAAGGCACGUGCGUGCAGCCUCUUGUUAACGGAAGUAAUUGGACCGUUGGUUUUUCAAAGUUACCGGUGACCGCCACGAACGGAGACAUUGUUAAGCCCGUGCCUUACAGCGGCGGCAUGGAGUGCGAGUGCAAGGAGUGGACACUCGAGCUGCAGACGGGACUCAGUCAGAACGUGGUUACCAAGUGGAACUUGGUGUGUGAUUCAGCCUGGAAGGUUCACAUCGCUAAGUUCUCUUUCCUAGUGGGAUCUAUCUUCGGCUACCUGGUGAUGGGAGUCGUAGCCGACUGGUUCGGUCGUCAACCUGUUCUGAUCGUCUCGGUGCUGUUCAUGUUGGUGUUUGGUUUGAGCGUAGCGUUCUCCUUCAACGUGACUAUGUUCAGCACACUGCGUUUCUUUGAGGGUUUCUGUCUAGCUGGCCUCACUCUCUCCCUCUACAUACUGAGGAUUGAGCUGUGCCUGCCAGGCUGGCGUUUUUCCAUGACCAUGGUGGCCAGUUUCCUCAUGGUGGGCGGUCAGCUGGUGAUGCCCGGGGUGGCGGCUCUGUGUCGUGAUUGGCCGGACCAGGAUGACUGGCAGGUCCUGCAGAUCAUGAUCAUUUGCCCCUUCAUCCUGAUGCUGCCCUACGUCUGGAUCUUCCCAGAGUCCCUGCGUUGGCUCCUGGCCACCCAGCACUACGGCUGCUCUAAAGCCAUGAUGCUCCGCAUCGCCAGGAAGAACCAGGUCGACAUGACAACUGAACCCAGCGGUAUUCUAGCAGAACUGGAACGUGAGCUGCAUAAGAAGCCAAAGAGGACCUGCAUCAUCAAGAUGACCAGCACCAGAAACUUUUGGAAGAACCUCGUGGUGCUCUGUGUCAACUCGUUGACGGGGUACGGUAUCCACCACUGUUUUGCCCGCAGUAUGAUGGACCCAGAGGCCCCUGUGUCGGCCAUGUUCAAUGCCGACUACUACACCAUGGCCGGCAUCGCCGUAGCAACCUGCCUGGCGCUGUGCCCGGCCGUGGCGUUCAUGGGACGUCGGGGCGGACUCCUCACCUUCAUGAUCAUCACCGCCCUGGCAUCACUGCUGCAGCUGGGCCUGCUAAACUUGAUUGGGAAGUACAGCCUUCGCCAUGACACAGUUCUGAGGGACACACUAAACAGGAAGUUCUCUGUGGCAUUCUCCAUCAUCGGAAUGUUCUCCUCGCGCGCCGUCAGCACCCUCAGCAUCUUCUUCUGCGCUGAGAUCACUCCCACCGUCAUCAGGGGUGGUGGUCUGGGUCUGGUCCUGGCCAGUGCUGGUUUCGGCAUGCUGACGGCCCCUAUCAUGGAGCUCCACAACCAGAAGGGCUACUUCCUGCACCACAUGAUCUUCGCCGCCUGCACCCUGCUGUGUAUCAUCUGCCUGCUACUGCUGCCUGAGCCGCGCAACCAACCCCUGCCAGAGAGCCUCGUGGACGGGGAGAGCUACACCCGCCAGCCCCUGCUCACCCACCGGCCUGGAGAACAGCACCUCCUUCUCACCAAGCCUGGGGAUAGGGACUUAUACUCCCGCGUCCAUGAUACGCCGCUGCAUCUUACGACCACCGGGGGCGCCACAGCAGCAGCGGCUACUGCUCUUGCAGCAGUGUCUACGUCUUUUGCGUACGCUACCGGAGGAGAGGUGAUCAGUAAUAGUAUGGUGGUAAAUGGCGUGGGAGGGUCAUUGUAGCAGCAAACACACACAGACAGAGGAUAGGACAAGACUGUGGGGAUAGCUUGAACUGCCCCACUCCUGGUCAUGACUGGUCUGAUUCAUUCAGUCCUGCUGGUAAGAUUCUUCCAUGAGGAACUCUUUCAUUUAAAAAAAAAAAAACCUUCCGUUGGGUUUAAUGGAGAAAUGAUGACCCUCUCAUUAUCACCCUCAGACACUCAAUAUGAUUUAUUAAUAUGAUUUAUGAAGUAUUUGAGGGCCUGCAAUAGAACAGGAUAUUCUUGAAACAAACGAUGGAGUUAUUCACACACCUGUGUAAGUCUUUGCAAUGAACAGAAACUCAUUACAAUGACUUACAUCUAUUUGUGCCCAUAGGGUAGUUGUUGCCACGGGUUGGCGGUGUGUCUAUGGGUACCGUGGUCCCAGCAUGGGACUGGGGAGGGAUGUCAUGGUGUCGGUUGUACGUUCUAAGCAGAGUGGUGUACUCUAAACACACAGAGAGACACAUAUAGAGCAGCAGAGCAGACAUGUUUUCAUUUGAAAUGUCUUUCAACAGGGAUGUGUGCUCUAUGCAUUUCAAAUUCUAUUAGCGUAACUUUUUUUGCACUAAAAUUCAAAGUUCAAUCAAAUGUAAUCAAAAUGUGUCAGUCAGCUCGUUUGAGACACUGGUUGUGGGUGACACUGCUGCACUCUAAAUGUAAUAAAAGGAGAGGUCAGGCCUAUAUACUGAAGCCUAUUUGAUGGGUUCAAUUGUGAAUUUCUGCCUCCCACCCCCCUGUCAAAAGUCCAAGUUGGCACUUUAUCCUUAGUAGUAGUAUAAUCAAUGUAAAUACUUAAGAAAACGGAGUACUGCAGCCCCUAUUAAAUGUUGGCGCCAGCCGGAAACCUAAAGAAACUGUGAUGGCUUAGGAAAUUAGUUUGGACUUUGAAUUUUUUUGUGUUUUUAUUUCCAUAUUCUAUGGAAAAAUCAAAAGGCAUCGAGUGUUGAGUGGACAAUACUAAUGUCCAGUUAGUUACUAGUAUAUCUGCGUCCCAAAUAGCAGUCUAUUCCUUACAUAGUUCACUACUUUUGAGCUUUGACCAGAGCACUAUUGGCCCUGGUCAAAAGCAGUGCACUACAUAGGGAAUAGGGUGCCAUUUGGGAUGCAGACUGUCUACUGCUACUACUAUGAAACAUCUCAAGUUAUUGAAUGGCUUUAUCACAAUGGUUGUUCAGUUUUAAAAAUCCUCUGAUUUCAACUGGACAGGUGACUGAAAAUAAUCUGUAAUCAGUAAUUCAGUAUUUAUUUUUUGUCUCGUUGCCAAGGGGAUUAUUGUCGCUUGACAUUACCUCUAGUUUAAGCUAAUUUUCACCUGGUAAAAAAUGUUAGUUGUAUAUUGCUGUUUUUAGUACCUGUUUAAACCGCUCUCUAGCACGGUUAAAUAAUCUCUGGCCAUGCCAUGAAUCACAAUGUCUAUAGGGGUUUUGAAAUGGUUAGUGUCUAGAAUAGAUUACGUUAUAAUGCAAUAGAGUGAUCUAGUUAGAAUAGCUGUGGCUGACAGAGUGUUUGUAUACAAACUUUAUACCCUUACAAAUGAUUGAAUACCAAAUGUAAGGUCUGUAUUAAUGUGCCAUCCAUUGACAAUGCAUGGACUAUCAUACGUUUUAAAUACUAUGCAUAUCAAAUAGUUUUCAUAGCACAUUUCGUCACACGUAUAGAUGACCUUAAAAAGGCCAAGUCUAUACAUUUCUACCAUGAACUAUAUUUGAAGCAAAUGGCACAUAUUUUGACCACUUGUAUGGUUUAUUUGUAAAUGUUUUCAGCGAUGAAAUGUUGUGGUAAAUAAAAUGAAUUUCCAUGAGUGAUCGAUUGUCAACCACUAAUAUUUUGUACGUGUUUAUUUUUUAUAUAUGAUGCAUUUGCAAUAUUAAAGCCAUAAAUGUUGUUUUGAUAAUAAACUUGUUGAUUAUGUCAAAUAAAUGAACUA